CUCCUCCCUGAUGGAUGGCACUGGGGGCCCUCCGCUCUGCUUCCCCAACAUCAACUCCUCCUGCAGGCGGCUGCUGCGUCCCCACUCUGAGACUGCAGUCCUCUACACCCUGCUGUACUGCAUCACUCUGCUCACUGUGACACUCAACCUGCUGGUCGUCAUCUCCAUCUCCCACUUCCGGCAGCUCCACACCCCGACCAACGCCCUGCUCCUCUCGCUGGCUGUGUCCGACCUGGUGGUGGGGCUGCUGGUGAUGCCCAUCGAGGGCCUGCGCUACGUGGAGACGUGCUGGCUGCUGGGGAGGCUGAUGUGUGCUCUGACUCCUUAUGUUUCUUACUGUCUGCUCUCUGCCUCUUUGGGCCACAUGGUGCUCAUAUCCAUAGACCGCUAUCUGGCUAUCUGUGACCCACUGCUGUAUUCCUCUAAGAUCACCCUGACUGAUGUUAAAAUCUUAAUCUGUCUUUGUUGGGCCUGUUCUCUUCUCUACAACGGGUGUAUUCUGAUGGGACACUUAGGGCGUCCGGACAGGUUCAGCUCCUGCCACGGGGAGUGUGUGGUGGUCAUCAGCCACAUCUCAGGAAUUGUUGACCUCUUUAUCACCUUUGUGGGGCCUUGCACUGUCAUGGUUGUUCUCUAUUUGAGGGUGUUUGUGGUUGCUGUUUCUCAGGUGCGUGUCAUUCGGUUGCAGACGGCUGCUACCGCUGUCUCUGCAGCUCCAACCGCUAAAAAAUCAGAGAGGAAGGCAGCCAGGACUCUUGGGCUUGUGAUAGCUGUGUUUUUAAUGUGCUUCUGCCCGUAUUACUAUCCCGCUUUUGCAGGUGAGGACACCUCCACUAGCUUGUCAUAUUAUGCCCUGUUGUCUUGGAUAAUGCUGUUGAACUCCUGUGUGAACCCUCUGAUUUAUGCUCUGUUCUACCCCUGGUUCAGGAAAGCUAUCCAACUCAUCUUCACCCUCAGAAUACUGCAGCCUCACUCCCGGGAGGUCAAAGUGCUGUAA